AUGGCUGGAAGAAGACGUAGAGAUAUGAUUCCUGAAAAUGUAGCUGACAACGAUUCAGCUAGCGUUUCUCAAGAAGAGGCUAUAGAAGAAAAUUAAAUUGUAGAAGAAGAUGACAAAUCUUUAUCUGAUGAAGGCGAUGGUGAUGAUUUGCUUGAAAAUAUUGAAGAUGAUUACAAAGCUGUUCCAGAAUUGGAUUAAUACGAAAUAGAUGGUUUAAAUGAUGAAGAUGACUUUGAUGAUAUUGAUGCAGAACAAAGAAGAUUAGCUGAAGAAGAAAUUGAUGAAAGAAACUAUCAAAAAUAUGCCAACAAAAGAAGAAUUCCAACUGCCUUAAGAGAGUUUGAUUUAGGAGAAGAAGACGAAGAAGACUUAAAUGUUCAACUUCAAAGAAGAAGAUAAUUUUAUGAAGCUCAUAAUCUUUAUGAAUCUGAAGAUGAUGAACAAAUGGAAGAGGAAGAAGAAAAUAAAGAUGAAAGAGAAUAUGAUAAGUAUCUUGAUAGAGAAUAAGCUAGAGGUAAACUUGCAGUUUGGAUUAAGGAAGAGAGCACUGUGCGUUAUAUUCGUAAGACUUUCAGAAAGUUCCUCAAUAAAUUCAAAGAUGGUUCAAAUCAACUAGUUUACAAACAAAGAAUUCAAGAAAUGUGCUCUAAGAACAAAGGAAGUUUGGAAGUCGACUUUAAUCACAUUAAUUCUAAGCAUGAAACUAUAGCCAUGUGGAUUGUUACAGAACCAGUAAUUAUUUUACCAUAUUUGAAUGAUGUUGCUAUGGAAACAGUCAAGAAACUUUAUCCUGAUUACGAAGAUAUUCAACCUGAAAUAUUUGUUAGAAUUGAAAAUUACACAAUCUUAGAUCAUAUCAGAAAGCUUCGUCAUAAAGAUCUUGGUUAAUUGAUUUAAGUUAGAGCAGUUGUUACUUAGCGCUCUGCUAUUUUCUCUUAAUUGAAGAAGGUUUAUUAUGUCUGUCGCUGUGGUGAUAGAAAAGGACCUAUCUACUUAUCAUCAAUAGAAAAUCACAAUCUUGGUACUUGUCCUGUUUGCUAGUCUAAGGGACCUUUCAUUUUGGAUACUGAAUAUACUAUCUAUAGAAAUUACUAAAGACUCACUAUUUAAGAACCACCUGGUAGCGUUCCUCCUGGUAGAGUUCCUAGAUAAAAAGAAGUCAUCGUUUUAGGAGAUAACAUUGAUGUUGCUCGUCCUGGUGAUGAAAUUGAUGUUACUGGUAUUUUCGUUCAUAGAUAUGACUAUGCUUUAAAUGUUAAGCACGGUUUCCCUGUUUUUUCAACUAUGAUAGAAGCUAAUUAUAUUAAGCGUGUAAGAGAAGGUGAUUAAUCUUCCUUACCUCCUUAAUUCAUUGAUGAAAUUAAUAAGCUCUCUAAGAGAAGCAAUUUAUCUAAAUUAAUUUGCAAUUCCAUAGCUCCUUCUAUUUAUGAACAUGAUCAUGUUAAAAUGGCUCUUGCUCUUGCUAUGUUCGGAGGUGAACACAAAGACAUUUAAGGAAAACACAAAAUCAGAGGUGAUAUCAACGUUCUCCUUCUUGGUGAUCCUGGUGUUGCCAAAUCUCAAUUCUUAAAGAGUGUAGAAAAAACUUUCCAUAGAUGCGUUUAUACUACUGGUAAAGGUGCAUCUGCUGUCGGUUUAACUGCAUCUGUAAAGAAAGAUAGCUAAACAAAAGAAUGGACUCUUUAAGGUGGUGCUUUGGUUCUUGCUGAUAAGGGUAUUUGCUUAAUUGAUGAGUUUGAUAAAAUGAAUGAUCACGAUAGAACUUCCAUUCACGAAGCUAUGGAACAAUAAAGUAUUUCUAUUUCAAAGGUAGGUAUUGUAGCAAAUCUUCAAGCUAGAUGUUCAGUUAUUGCUGCUGCAAACCCAGUCAAAGGUAGAUAUGAUUCAUCAGCAUCUUUUAUGGAUAACGUUAAUCUUACUGAUCCUAUCUUAUCCCGUUUUGAUAUCCUUUGCGUUAUUAAAGAUGAAGUAAACAAAGAUCUUGAUUAUAAGCUUGCUGGUUUCGUACUCAACAGUCACAUAAAGAAUCACCCAAUAAGCCAUAAAGAGAAAAAGCAUAAUCCUGAACUUUACAGCGAACGUCUUUCUAAAUCUCUUAUUGAAGAAUCUUAGAAGUAAAUAGGUGAAAUUAUUCCUAAUGAAACUUUAAGAAACUACAUUAUGUAUGCUCGUUAAAAAAUACAUCCUAAGUUAGCUGACAUUAAAAAAGAAAAAAUUAAAAAAUUCUAUUCUGACUUACGUUAAUAAUCAACUAUUUCUGGAGGUAUGACUAUUGCAGUCAGACAUAUUGAAUCAAUUAUUAGAAUGGCAGAAGCCCAUGCUAAAAUGCAUCUCAGAGAAGUCGUUAGAGAUGAAGAUAUAGAUGUUGCUAUUAACGUUAUGCUUGAAAGUUUUAUUUAAUCAUAAAAGUACUCCGUAGCUAAAACAAUACGCGAUAACUUUAAAGUUUAUUUAACAAAAGCUUCUGAUAAUAAUAAAUAUCUAUUUAAUUUACUAAAUAAGCUUUAAAAGGAAAGUAAAAAAGUUUUAUAAAAUGUUGCAGAUGAUAAGAAAGAUAAAAAGCAAAUUGAAUAGACAAAUAUACCAGUUUAUCACUUUGAAUUUUAGGCUAAAGACUAUAAAAUUGAAAAGUUCGACGAUUUCUAUAGAAGUGAAUUAUUCAAUAGAUACUACAUUAAGCAAGGAAACUAAAUUAUACCUAAAAACGAUUUUUGA